AACGGUCGUUUAUAACAAGUAUGUGCGUGCCUAUUAAAUUGUUAAUUUUCUUAAUUAUUCUACAUUUUAUUCAAGUUAUAAAAGUGUUUCACAUAAAGAAUACUCAAUUUCGAACAAAAGAUAAUAGUUUUUUUCCAUCGACUUAUAAUAUAACUGAUUGGAUUGAUAAAUUUCAUUUGCAGCAUUGCGUCUUUGUUGAAAUCGGCGAAAGCUUUUGUGCUUUUUGUGAAGAACUUGGUCCUUGGACUUCUGUAGCACCAAAAAUCACAUCUUCCUGGAGUGAAUGGUCGAAUCCAGAAUGUAACGUUUCGUGUGGUGAAGGAACUCUUGUUUCAAAGGCAUUUUGUGGGAAUAAUAAUAUUGAUUGUAUUGGACCUGAACCUUUUUGUUGCUCCAGUACAAUUGAAUCGUGUGAAUGUAAAGUGACUAUCGAAAAUGGAAUCAUGAAGGCAAGACGAUUUACAGAGCCUUGUACUCGUUCUAUUUCAUGUCCUAUUGUUUUGAGACGAAGAGGCUUUCUUCCUGAAAAUCAAUUGAAGAGAAGUGAAAGUUAUGAUAUUGACGAAUAUAAGGGAAAAAUUGUCGAAGCAUUCCACCUAUCUCGUCGACGACUUUUAGGAAAUUUGUAUUACAACGACGAGGAAGAGGAUAAUUACGAAAUAAUGAACAAUGACGAUAACGAGGAAUUUAAGAAUGAGGAAAGUAAUAAACGAAUGGCAGUAAUCGAUGACGAUUUUGAUGAUGACAAUGACUACGAUUCUUUCACUAAAAAUACUUCCGAUAAUAUUGAAAACGAAGAAGAGGAGGAUAAUGAUAAUGAUAACGCAAUGUCUUCAACGAUCGCAGAAAACAAUGAUUAUGAAAAUAUGUAACAACGAGGAAAAUACAUUUGCUUUAAAAGUAAUUUAAAAAAAAAAAAUAAUAAAAAAUCAUUCCACAAGUGGUGUUUGACGGACUAGUUACACUCCUGAUCGUUUCUUGUCUCCAAUUGGCUAUCUGGUGUACCAUGUGGCAUUCAUACGUAGUGGGGAUUGGCCGGCAUAUUCUGCACUCUCAACACACCGCAGGC